ACCCCCUAUGCCUAAGCGCAUGCCAUGUCCAGCCAUGAUGCAGACUGCAUUUGUCCAAUCAAAUAUUGGAAUGGCGUUGCUGUCUGGCGUGAAAGCCAUCCCCUGUGUAACUGCAGUGGAAUUCCUGCAGGGCUCAAAUCUGCAGCUGGCCAGCAUGGCACAUUGCAGGCCCUCGGAGUCCGCUGUAGCCAGGGAAGGGGCGAGAUUGGGAGUAUCCAACUGCCUGACAGCCAGGGCACAGGCAGCGGGGAGACCGUGGGUGGACAGAGAGAAGGACGUCUGGGUUCUCGAGCAGCGAGGGUGCUGCGGCCGCCGGGCGGUGCCUCCAACAUAUCGUUUGGCACAGAUGAAACCCCCCCUGUACGCAAGAAUAAAAUGGCCUCCAACAUUUUUGCUGAGCCUGAUGACCCUCACGCCCAUCGGAGGAGCAACCCACCAGGCGGGACGGCCAAAGGUACUUUGUGCGGGGAACCAUCUGCCCCUCUAAGACGGUGCCAACAGCCACUCCUCUUCCCCAAAAACAGUGACACAAACGAGGUCAUCACCUCGAUCAACAUUCCUGCAGGGGUUGAGGGGUGUGAACAGGCAAACAAUGUAGACUGUGCUGAAGAAGCCGAGGAGGAGAAGAAAGAGGAUGCCCCACAGCCCUCUGCUCCCUCGGGAGAAGCUGCCAACCCCACUGGCCCCGCUCCCUACGGCCGAAGAAACCCCCCAGGUGGCAAGUCCAGCCUCAUCCUGGGUUGAAGUCUACUUUAGUUGGAAUGUUUUUUAUUUUUGAAUGAAUUAACCCCCACUUUCCCCUUUCCCACCUCACAGUUCCACUGUUAACCCUCUUUCUCUGCCCGACUCUCCACCGCCCUACCACAACCCCUCUAUGAGCCAUGGAAUUUGGUCCCCCUGUCUUGUCCUCCCACCUUUUGUUUUGUUCCUUUUUUCUAUUAAAAGAAGAAAACCGUUGACAGAAGCACUUUAUGUAUCUCUUCUUCCCUCCUCCCAUUAGCCCAACCUGUAGUGUGCCUACAUCGCGCCUGCUGGAAAAGGCAUGACGUUUUAGCUUGUCUCAUUCUCCCCCUGUUGUAAAUGGGUAAAAAAAAAAA